GCUGAAGGUUGGGGCAGUUGGGAACCUCAGAGCCAUUGUUAUCCACAGACCAUGGCCUUGCCAACAGUUCGACCCUUGCUGGGGUCUUGUGGGAGCCCCAUCUGCUGUAGAAGCCUUCUACUGCUUCUUCUUAGUCUUGGGUGGAUGCCAGUUUUGCAGGUCCAGGCUAUAAAGACGGGCCAGAAGGCUGCAGUCCCCUGUGCUGAAUUGACCGGUACCCCCCCUGACUUCACCAGUCUCCCAGCAGGCCUCUUUCGUGACCUCAAUUGUGAAGAAGUGUCUGGUCUGAACAUGGCACAUGCUCAGGCAUUGGCUGAGGCUGUGAAAAAAAAGAACAUCACACUCCGAGUGAAUCAGCUGCGCUGUCUGGCCCGUCGCCUUCCUAAGUACCUCACCAAUGAGGAAUUGGACGCCCUCCCACUGGACCUGCUGCUCUUCCUCAACCCAGCCAUGUUUCAAGGGCAAGAUACCUGUGUCCACUUCUUCUCCCUCAUCUCUAAAGCCAAUGUAGAUAUCCUCCCACAGAGGUCUCUGGAGCGCCAGAGGCUGCUGCCUAGAGCUCUGGAAUGCCAGGGAGUGCGUAACUUUCAAGUGAGUGAGGCAGAUGCGAAGGCUCUCGGAGGCCUGGUCUGUGACCUGCCUGGAAAAUUUGUGGUCACAUCUUCGGAAGUUCUCCUCCCCUGGCUGGCAGGCUGCCGAGGACCCCUGAACAAGGGCCAGGAAGAGGCAGUCAAAGAGGCCCUGAGGAGUGGAAGAUCCCCAUAUGGCCCCCCAUCGAGGUGGUCAGUCUCCACCCUGGAUGCUCUGAAGGGCCUGCUGGUAGUGUUGGAUGAGUCCAUUGCCCAUGACAUCCCCAAGGAUGUCAGAGCUGAAUGGCUGCAACACAUCUCCCGGGGCCCCUCCUGGCUGGGGGUUAAGCUGACUGCCAUGCUCCCAAGGUUCCGGCGGGACACAGAGAAGAAAACCUGCCCUCCAGGGCGAGAGCCCCAAAAUGUGGAUGAAAACCUCAUCUUCUACCAGAAUUGGGAGCUAGAGGCCUGUGUAGAUGGUGCCAUGCUGGCUGCCCAGAUGGACCUUGUGAAUGAGAUUCCCUUCACUUAUGAGCAGCUCAACAUCUUCAAGCAUAAACUGGACAAGACCUACCCACAAGGCUAUCCUGAGUCCCUGAUCCAGCAGCUGGGUCACUUCUUCCGAUACAUAAGCCUAGAGGACAUCCACCGGUGGAAUGUGACCUCACCAGAGACAGUGAAAACUCUUCUCAAAGUCACCAAAGGACAAAAGAUGGAUGCUCAGGUGAUUGCCCUGAUUGCCUGCUACCUUCGGGGAGGAGGCCAUCUGGAUCAGGACAUAGUAAAAGCCUUGGAUGACAUCCCUCUAACUUAUCUAUGUGACUUCAGACCUCAGGACCUGUACUCUAUAUCCUCCAGUUUUAUGUGGCUGGUUAAGCCCCAAGACCUGAACAAGUGCAGCCAGAGGCAUCUGGAUAUCCUCUAUCAAAAGGCCUGCUUGGCCUUUCAGAACGUGAGCAGGCAGGAAUACUUGGAGAAAAUCGGACCAUUCUUGGGUGGGGCCUCUGUGGAGGACCUGAGGGCCCUCAGCCAGCAGAACCUGAGCAUGGACUUAGCCACUUUCAAGAAGCUGCAGGUGGAUGCUCUGGUGGGGCUGACUGUGGCUGAGGUACAGAAACUUCUAGGGCCACACAUUGUGGAUCUGAAGACCGAGGAGGAUAAAAGCCCUGUCCGGGACUGGCUCUUCCGGCAGAGGCAGGAAGAUCUGGACAGGCUGGGUUUGGGACUUCAGGGUGGCAUCCCCAAUGGCUACCUGGUCCUAGACCUUAAUGUCCGAGAGGCCUUCUCCAGUGGAGUCCCACUUCUUGGACCAGGAUUUGUAAUUGCAUGGAUUCCCGCUCUUCUCUCAGCUUUAAUACUGAGCUGAGACCAUCACCCCUAAGGCUCCUGGCACCAGCUCUACUGUGGAGCCUCAUCUUAACCAGGAGCAGGCCUCAA